AUGGCUAUUUGUGAUUCCAAUUAUUGCUUCCGAAUCAUCGAUGUAGGAUCAUUUGGUAAAGAAAGUGAUUGCAAUGUGUUUAAGACGUCAACGUUUGGUAAAAAACUUUAUGGCGAUAAAUUAAACUUUCCACCUGAACAAUGUAUACCGAACGAUGAACUUGGUUCACCACAACCAUUUGUUCUCGUAGCCGAUGAAGCUUUUGCUCUUCACAAGAACCUAUUACGCCCGUUCCCAGAAUCUAAAGUUUACCAUUAUAAGGUAGCUAAACGCGUGAGCUGGACAAAGGUAGCUAAGACCUGCGUCGAUGGUUUCGAAAAUCUAAAUGAUAAGGAAAAAGAUGCUAAAAGUAAGAAAUUGUAUUAA